AUGAUUUCUGACAAUAUUAUGACUUUGUGUCCUUUUGACGUAGGACCUACAUGUCAAGGAACAAGCUUAAGUAGACAGUUUUUCUGGGGAGUAAGAAAAAGGAAAAAGUCACUUAAUAUUCAACUUGAGCCAUGGUUUGGAUCACGAUAUGUUGAGGAAGACAUUCCACAUGCUUUGAUGAAAUUAUGGAAGGAUCCUCCCAAAAUUGAUUCCUCAUUACAAUUGCCCUCAAAGAACGAGUUCCUUCCAUGCGAUUUUUCCAUAUAUGCUAACAAGGAGUCUUGUGAGUCUGCAGAGAUAUCAUCUUCAAGAUGUAUAUUUGAUGAACCUAUGAUGCGGUUGUGCUAUUUGUUUAACAAGAUUCAUAAACUUCCCCUUGCUGAAGUAGAAUUCUGCAUUACAUUAAAGAGAGGAUAUAGUAGUUUGAGGAAUGCUUUGUUGACUCAAUUAUUUACUCCACUACUGAAAGAUGAGCUUAAUGAAAUUAUCUAUUAG